AUGCCUUCACUCAAGAUCCCAGUCUUAUUAUUUGCUCUUGGUCCAUUAGGAGGAAACAUGAUUAAUCAGUCAAACUACCAGAAAAUUCAACAACAGAUCAAACAGCUCAAGCAGCAUAACAUGGAGGAAUUGAAUGAUGUUGUUAAUCAUCUAGAGCAGUUGCACAAUUAUCUAAAUUCACCAAUUGAACAAAGUGGAUCUUUGAACAUCAUGGGGACAAUGCCUCAGAGCCUGGUUCAACCUAUUUUUCAAAAUCCUUCCCAAUCCCUCAAAAGCAAAAUAUUUGGAAAGUUGGAAAUAAAGAGUCUCAAAUCAACUGCAAGAAAUCAGAAUUUGAAAGAGAUUAUCAAAUCUGAAGUGGUUCCCAUCUGGGAACAUCUCCAAGCAGAGUUCAUUCACCACAAAUGCAAAACAGAAGAUGAUGCAGAGAUCAAGUUGAAUUAUUUGGAAUCAUUGUUCCUCCUGGCUGAUUACAUCUACACAAACCAGUUUUUGACAGAAGAGAUGAUGGGAAACAUUGAUAUCUUCAAGCAAGAAACUAUCAUCAAGAUGGUCAAAUUCCAUGUUGAUCUCUUGAUCACCAGCAAGGGUGAAAACUUAUUUGGAAGCCUUGAAUGA